UUCUUUUCCUUUGCCUUCCCCACCGCGCCGCACCCGGAGACCCCGCCCAGCACCCAGCGGCUCGGCUGCUCCCGGCGCGCCCCGAGAGCUACGGGGAUGAGAGGCGGCGCCGGCGCCCGGGUGUUACAGCCGGCUUUCUCUACGUCAGCCACCGCUCUGAAGAGAGAAAGGCGGCGGUGUCCUGGGGAGAGAGCCGCUUCCUCCACUGCCCGAGGGGAGCGCGUCGCCUCAGCCGCUCGAAAGCAGGAAAUGGGCGGCAAAAGCGCAGUCAGACACCAACUGGUUCUGGACUGCCCCCGAGAGGCAGCGAGCAGCGCUCCCGCGCUUCGCCCGCUAGGAGCUGCCGCCACGUCCCGAGCUGCGCCGCUCGCGCCCCUCCCAGCUCAACCCCGGUGGGGGCUGGGCUGCAGCCGAGUCCGGCACCCGGGCCCCCACCCGCGCCGCGCUGUCGAACCCGCCGCCGGCCCGCUCUCGGCACCGAUAAUCCCCGGGGCGCAUCCCGCAGAGGCUGCUGCCGGCUCCGCCAAACAGCAGCCAAAGCAUAGCCGGGAAGUCCCUAGGCCACCCGUUCCCCAGCACCCUUCGGGGAAUUCCCGUUCAGCUCUACAGGAGGCGAAAACGGAACAAACGAAAACCCCUUAAUAGUGAAACCGGGCCCGGCGAUAGCCCGGGUGGCGACGGCGACGACUCGACGCGUGCGGACACAAGACCCGUCUCGCGCUCCGCUGCUCCUGUGCGUCCGGACGAACCUUAGAGAUCACUUAAGGAGGCUCGCGCGCUACUCCUCACCACGUGACCGCCCCGCCAGGCCGCCCCCCGCGCAGCCAUCUUACAUCCGGGACAGAGGCGGCGUCCCUUUUCCCCGCCUUGGCAGGCUUCGACGUGCCACCAGAAAUCAGCCCUGAAAGAGGGGACCCCGAUUCCACGUCACCGGAGUGCUGAGGCAGCGGGCGAUGCCCUCCAUCGGCUCAGCGGGGGAAAGUGGAGUCCCAAACUUUUUUCGGCCUUUGCUCGCAAAGAAGAUGGCGGCGCAUACCGCCGCCUAAGCGGACACGUUGUACCCUGGCGGUGGUUUGAAGUUUCCGGCACCUCCUUUCCCGUGCAGCAAGGACACAACCAUACGAGCCCUACCCACGCGGGGUGGCUGCAGUGCUACAUUCCACAGAAAACAGGCGGGAAAGCUGCGGCACAGCUCGCUUUAAACGCAAGCUUUUGGGACUUCUGGUUUUGGCUUUUUCUUUUUAAGCCAAGUUAGGGAGGAGGCUGACAGCCAUGGAGCCACUUCUGCUUUUGGCCCAGACAACUUACGGGAUUUUUUUUUCCUUCCAUUUAGAGAUUUUUUGUAGGAAGUUAACAAAUUAUUUUAAAGAAGUUAGGGCUUGUCAUAUAAAAUACAGGACGCCCAGUUGAACUGGAAUUUCAAAUAACCAGUGUUUUGGCAUAUGUCUGUUACAUAUAUUUUUAAAAUUGUUUAUCUGAUAUUCCAAUUCAACUGCACAUUCUCAACUUUUAAUGACUAUAUCUGGCAACCCUAUCAGCCUUACCCCUGAAAAUCCAGACUGCUUAUGACAAAAGUAAGGAAUGGAGGGAAAUGAAAAGCAUGUUUAUCUACAACUUGGAAUUGUCUUUGCCCAGACUUUGAUCCUUCAUGGAGGCCAGAGGGCCGUGGUCUAGAACAAAAUUUGGCAGCAACUCAUAAAGAUAUCCUUGUAUAAUUCCCUUUCUGGCAAAGUAAGAUUUUUUUUUUUUUCUUAAGCUAUCACGAUCUAAUUUUGGACAACAGAUCCUCUUGGCCAAGAGUUUAGUUGCAAAUUAAAAAUUAAAUAACUGGCUUUUUGUUUCUAUUCUACGUGGUAUAGGCGAUGGGACGCAAUUUCUUUUUUUUUUUUUUGAGACGGAGUCUCACUCUGUCACCCAGGCUGGAGUGCGGUGGCGCGAUCUCGGCUCACUGCAAGCUCCGCCUCCCGGGUUCACGCCAUUCUCCUGCCUCAGCCUCUCCGAGUAGCUGGGACUACAGGCGCCCGCCACCACGCCCGGCUAAUUUUUUGUAUUUUUAGUAGAGACGGGGUUUCACCGUGGUCUCUAUCUCCUGACCUCGUGAUCCGCCCGCUUCGGCCUCCCAAAGUGCUGGGAUUACAAGCGUGAGCCACCGCGCCCGGCCCGCAAUUUCUUAAAGUACAAGUUUUCAAGUUAAAAAUCAGCCUGCCUGACAUAUUUCAUAACAUUUUUACGUGCAUAUUCAGAAACUAUUUCCAAUUAAGAAUAUUUAUUUGUGUAAACAUAAUACAUUUGCAAUUAAAUGCUUUACUUGACAAA